GAGCUGCUUUAGCCAACGAGUACCUGGAGAAACACGUCCUGAGGAGCCGUCAUGUGGCCCCGCGGACACGGGCUCGGAUUCCCGCAGGGAUCUGCAGGCGUGCGGAGGCACCGUCCCUAUCCAGGUCCUCAAUAGCUUCUGGAUGGUUAUAAUCAGGACAAUAAUACCAACAGAGAGGGUGAUACUGCAGGUGAAGUGUAACUAGAUGAAAGAGACAGCAUGUGAUGAGAGCUAAAUGGAGAAGAGAAGGCAGAAAAACUGGAAGAAAACUGAAGAAGGAAGGCUGAGAUACGGGAAGACAUUAGUGACCAGACAGCUUUCCAGAAACAAGCCUUUGUUCCAUUACUGAGAGCUGAAUAGCAAUGGCUUCCUUCAGCAACCUGACCAUUGGCAUUGCUCUUGCCAGUUUCACCAUAUUUCAGCUCCUGUUCCAUGUUUUAAGUUCUCGGGUGUCAACACGAGUAUCACCUGGUUUUAACAAUCUCAGCCAGAAAAGGAAAAUCGAGUGGAAUUCAAGGACAGUGUCCACAUUCCACGCCUUGGUGGUUGGUGGGUUUUGCCUGUAUAUUUUGUUGUACGAUGAUGCUGUUAAUGCUGACCGUCUCUGGGGUGACCCUUCAAUUGUGAAACUGAAUAUUGCCAUUACCACAGGCUACCUCAUUUCUGAUUUGGUACUUAUUAUUUACUACUGGAGGGCAAUUGGUGACAAAUUUUUUGUAAUACAUCACUUGGCAGCUCUGUAUGCUUACUAUUUUGUACUGAGCAAAGGUCUGUUGGCUUAUUUUGGAAACUUCCGUCUGCUUGCAGAGUUUUCCACUCCUUUUGUCAAUCAGCGGUGGUUUUUUGAAGUACUGGGAUAUCCCAAAUCUUCAAAGGCCAACAUCAUCAAUGGGGUGCUGAUGACAGUCGUGUUCUUCGUGGUGAGGAUUGCCGUCAUGCCUGUGUAUUACACCCAUGUCAUUUCUUCAUUUGGAACAGAAGCUUUCCAGAGAUUAGGAUUUGCAGCCCAGAGCGCCUGGAUUAUCUCAAGUGUUGUCUUGGAUGUUAUGAAUGUGAUGUGGAUGGUCAAAAUUGCAAAAGGAUGCUACAAAGUAAUUUGUCUUAUUGGACAGGAGGAAGCCAAAACUCACAGAAAUGGAAAAUCUGCCUAGAAAUCAUAUGCAUAAAAUGAAAUUUUUGCUAUGAAAAUCAUUUAAGCUCACUGAAACAGUGCACAUUUCUGCCAUGGAAUGCUCCUCUUAAGGAAACAAGGUAUUACCUCUGUACUGACCUUGCUCUUUCCCUAGCCACACUGCCUGCACACCCAGGGCCACGCUUUAUGGAUCCUGUCUGGUGAGGAAUAAAAGCAAAAGCUCACACAGGGAGUUCCACAUCUCUGUUUUAAGCAGUUACAAGCUACUGGAAUUCAAAAGGAGCAGACUGGUUACUUGCUUGUUGUCCACCAGUGUGUUGAAAUUGUUUCACUCAGGUUUCUCAGAUUGAUGUGAAUACUGACAUCUCUCUUUUUUUAGAAAACAAAAAAAACUCCCCAAACUCCCGAUAAUGGUGCAAUUUUCCUUGCACAUUUCUAUGCUUUCUUCUAGGAAUAACAAUCAAGAUUUCAUUCUUGACAACUUUAUAAAUUUUGCAAGUACAGCUAAAAAUGUAGCUUUGAUUCUGUGAAGUCUUUUACUGCUUUUUGUUCUGCCUUACAGGAAUGCAAACCAUUUUGGGAAAUUUAGGAAAUAAUUUUAUCUAAAAUGCUGUAUUAUAAGACUUCAAAAUUUCUUAAAAAUUGUUAAAAUUCUUUUCUUUUGAUGGGAAGAAUUCACUUUUGAUGUGUUAGAUUACAUGCAAAUAGUACAUCAUCUAAAUUGCCCAUGAAUUUUGUUUUGUAAGUCAGUAUGGUAAAUGAUGUGUGGAAACAGCAUCAUUCUUACUGGAGUGCUUUUUCCUUUGCUGCUACUACCUUUGAGAAGUGCUGCAACUGUCCUCAGAGUAUUUUUAACCAUUGGCUCUCUGGAUGCAAAUUCUAGUUAUAAGGAGAUAAAAUUCUUCUCCUUGUGAUGAGUAAUACUUUUUUUCUUUUAUCACACAAAUGUCCCAUUUGAUAUGAAGUCUUGAGGUUUUGUUGGUCACAUUUUUCCAUGUUAAUGACAUCAGAAGUUUGAGGUAUUGACUAAAAACAUUCUUAGAUUAACAGUGCCAAACUUCUGUAAAGCUGGGUGGUAGUUCUGUAGAAUGACAGUUAACUUCUAUAGGUGCAACGUUUUUUAUUUUUUAAACCACAUAUUUGUCAAUAAGUACUCUGUUCCUUCUGCUAACUCAAAGGUUUGGAGGGCAUCAGAGAGGAAUCUUACCAUCCAGGAAUAUUCUGGAAUCUAAUUUAUAAUACAAUUUAAGGAAAUUCUGAUUUUUGUUUUAUUUCUGAAUGAUUUUGAGAGUUUUAUUUGUGUGUAGUUUGGUUUUGUUUUGCUUAUUUUUAACCAUAUUUUAAUUGAGGCUGACUAACUCUUUUUUUUUCCUUAGGUGGGUGGGUUUUUUGUUUGUUCUUUUUUUUGACAUUACUUUUUAUUUGUCAUACCUUCUGGUAAGGCGUGUUUAAAAGUAUCCAUUUUCAGGCAGUACUUUAGUGCACAUCCCAAUCAUUGUAGCACACUUUAAGCAAUUUGGUUUUAAACAAAAAGAGAAAAUACCCAAUGUAACCCUCUAACAAAGCUGGGUGACAUGAGCUCUUCCCUCUGUAAUGGGAGGUGUGAAUGCCCCAAUACUGUGAUCCUGGAUGAGGGACGCAGCGUUCCCUUCUUCCAGGAAUGGGACGUUUCUAAGACCCCAGAAGGCUGCAGAGGCUGAAAGGCCUCAUAUCCAAGGUGGCUGUGCUGAGUUUAGUUCCCCAGCAGAAAUUAUGUCAGGGACUAUUGUUUGGGCUAGCAUAAUACACACUUUUAUAAAGCCACAUUUUUCUGUUCAACUGGGCAGGCUUUUUUCCAAAACCCUUUCCCAAUCCUGCCUUGUUAAGUGAGAUAUCAAGGAUUGUUAAUACUUCUGUUGGUUUGGUUCUGUGCUUAUUAAUACUUCACAAGCUUGCAGACAAAAGAUCCGUUUAUACCUUGGGAAAGCUGGCAAUUAAUCUGUUUAGCUGUACGAUUUGAGUGAGUGGAGUACUUUAAUUGGGUACCAGUACAUCCAUACUCUUUGAGAGCUGAUCCUGUGACCUGCUUUGCUGAAAGAGACAUCCUCUCUUUCAUACUAAUUUGCAGAACCUGGUAUAUUUUAAAAUAAUUAUUUCAGUGUAUCUAAUGCAAAAUCUAGGCUAUAAACAAAGGCUCUGUUUUUAUCACCUUUAUGAUUCAAAGUUGUACAUGAAAUAUUUUUUUCUUGCACUAUUUAAGUCAGGGAAUAAUUUUGUAAUAGCUAGUUCCUUUCUAAAUUUUAAAAUUGAGUAAAUUGAAACACUUUGGGGAAUAUGUUUGAAUGUAGAAGUCUGCUCUUUUUAUUCAGGAAGUAGAAUGGAAAAAAGUUGAUAAGAAAGACAAUUUGAGGUGAAUUUGAGGUUGAUAACUCAUGAAAACUUUUAAAGAUUCAUCCCUUAGCGUAAUCUUUAAUAUUUCAGCAUUUUAAAUUUUUUUUCAAUAGAGAACAUUCAUUUUAAUGGUCUACAUCCAGACUCAUGUCUGAUGGGGAGGGAAAAAAGUAAGUCAAGCUAUAAUAAAGCUACAUUAAAACUAGAUUGAAAUAAAACUAAACCAAACCCCUGCAUUGCACUUUGGGCAACAAUGCAAAAUGGAAGGGCAGUGAGAUAAUUAUUUUAAAGUAUUACAUAUUUUGAAUUGCAGAACAAAACUAGUGUAAUUAAAACAAUAUUUUGCAAUGUAUUAGAUUUAAAUUGUGUAAUUAAAUUUUAAACCUAUUAGUUAUGUCCUCAUGCAUCAGCUAAGUAUCAGAAGACAACUUUCUACUGAACAAAUUAUCAACACUUGUCUAUUCAGCAAGAACUGUAGUAAACAGGCUGCAAAGUUGUGAUGUACUAAAUACCUUAGUAUAGGGCACUUUUAAACUGCCAUUUAAAGCUUAUAAUACAGCAAAUUAGAUAGCUGUGGCAUCUGUUUUUGAAUUGCACUUUAUUAAUUUAAAAUCUGUGGUGGAAUAUGAAUGCAGUUUAAUGUUGCAAGCUUAUUUCUUUGGUUUUUUUUUUUACAAAAAAAACCUUAAUGCAUGGUAAGUAGCAUCAUAAUAAAUGCUACCUUUGGAAUGUAAUACUGUCUUAUUAGUGGCUUAAAACUUCUGGUUUUAAAAGAUGCUUAAGUAGACUCCUCAUAUGUCACCAGGUGUCUUUGCCUUGUACAUAUCAAAUGGAAGGAGUUAAUCUUGUAUAAAAUGCUCAGUUGUGUUGUUUUUUGUUUUGUUGUUUUUUUGUUUUUGUUUUUUUCUUUUUACAUUCUUCAGUACCAGGUGACACAAAAUUAGCAUGAGGAUCAUGGGAGAAUUUAUUGGUACCAGUAAGUCUGUAUGUAGGAAUGCAAGUUUCCCUUUUUUAUGGCUUUAGUUUUUCAUCAAAAGAUGAGUAGAUGCCACUUUCAGAACUACUACCUGGGCACAGUAUGUCAAGUUUUGUUUUUAUAAUUGAUUUGUGGAUACAGCACUUACAGAGGGGAUGUGUACUUCAAGUACUCCUUUUCUGGGUGAGUGUUCCAGUGGAUUUCAAUGAAGUCGAGAGCCUUACACUACAGAGAUGCUUUAUGGGUUAUCCAUGUGCAUUCUUCAGUGGUAAGAAUUCCAUCUCUGAAGCCUACUCUACCUCUAUAAAUACAUGCUAUCUUGAAUGAACUCAAUAAUUGAAUAACUUAAUUGCUUAAAAAAUAGAAUAUUUUGAAUAAUGAAAAAUAUCCUAUGCACAGGAAAAUGAGGGGAGCUGAUUUUUUAUAUAAAUUCGUAACAAUUCUAAAUUUUGUAUUGAAGAUGAAAUUAAUAGCAGUGUCUGAAAGAUAAUUGCUUCCAUCUUUACUUAGAAAAUCAUGGGAGAAGAUUUCUCAUAAUGCAGAACUAACAUUAAGCUAAGUGUGAAAGCUUACACAACUGAGCAAAUGUGUUCAAGCAGGUUUAAAGAAGAGAGGUGGAGAAGACUUUGAGAACACAAAUAGAGGUAUUCAGAUGUCUUCCUACUGCUGUGCUUGGGGCAACAGCAGACUGAUACGUAGCAGAAAGGUUUAAGUAUUUCUGUAUCUGUUAAUAGUGAAAAAAAAAAUCAAACUAUUCUUUAAAAUGUUCAGGCUGUAUAAAAUGGGUUAUCUGUUGUUGAUUGCUGUAUGAAGAGGACUUUUUCUUAUGGUCUUGUGUGCAUUUAAGUAUAUGUGGAGACAAGCUUUCAGCAAAAGAUCAUUUAAUAGAGAAGUUUGUAAAAUUGUUUAUGGUGCUUCUGCUGAGCCAUUCAGAUGAAAAUAAAGGGCUGCUUGACAAUUACUCCAGCUUAGGAUCUGUGCAGUGUUGGCUGCUGUUGAAAGCCACAAUAAUGCAAAUAGAAGGCAACUGUAGUUUUCAGAUGAAAAAUAAAUGCAAGUGUAGAAAACUUAAGAUAGAAUGGGCAGCCCUCUUGCAUAUUUGUAAUGGCCUACUGUACAACAUCAUUAUCUGGCUAGAAGGAAUUUCAUGAGGAAGGAUCUGUUCCUGAGGGAGUUUCUCUAUCUAUGGAAUAUUUUUGACAGCUGGAAAAAGAACAGUACUUCAUUGCUGAGAUCCUGAGAGCAGUCAAAUGGAAAUAGUGAUCAAUAUUUAUGAACAAUUACAAACCUGGGCAAAACCUCCUUGUUUGUCUUAGUAUUUUCUGAAAGCAACUUGAAAGUUUGUGGGUUUUGUUGUUUAUGGGUUUUUUUUUAUUGGUUGGUUUUGUGUGGGUUUUUUUUGGAGAAGAUGAAAGAUGUACUGCUUGGGAUAUUUAGAGAACUGGGAUUAAGCAACAAAUCACACUUUUAUCUUGUAACACUUGGUAAGGUUUCUUAUCCACUACAAAUCUCUACUAGCUACCUCCUUUGAAAUUCUUGCUCUAUUUAUAAUUGCCAAGCACUUUAUAGCUCAGUAAAGAAUGGAAGAUAGCUAUGAAGAAUAAAUGGUAUUGUCUGGUAUAAGAAAUAUUUUGGCAACAUUUUCAUUGUGUGAUGUCCUGCACUGAGAGGGCAUCUGAUUAUAACUUUGUAUAUAGUUUUUUAAUCUAGUUGUAGUGUAAAGGAAAUGUCUUUAAGAGAUUGAAUUAUGAAGAGUUCAGCAUGGCUUGGUAUCAACCAUAUGAUGAUUCAGUGUGCUAUUUAUAACUUUCUACUUACUGAAAUUGAAAAUUUAAAAGCAAAUAAAAUAUUCUGUAGUGUAUCUUUAUUUAAAAUCUAUGCGUGGGAUGUCAAACAUUGUACUUGUCUUGUGGGUAGGACAUGCUGUUAUGAGCCUAAAAAUAUUUAAAUAUGAGAAACUGCAUCCAAGUGUUGCAUGUAAAUUGUCUUCUAAGUUUUUAAACUUUGGAAUUUUAAAAAACUUGCUAGGUUUGAAAGCAACAUUUAAAGAUGAAUACUAAGCUGUAAUACAGAACAUGUUUUGAAUGCAAUAUUGGUUUUGUUUAUUGUAACCGUAUUCCAGUUUCACAAGAGAAAUCCAUCGUAUGAUGGGAGAAAAGGAAAAAAAGGGCUAGUCAUGAGCUCGGCUAUAUAAUUUGCACACUUAAUAUGCACACAUGGAAAUAUCCUGAAUUUGUUUCUAGCAUGUAUGUACCAAACAGUGUUUCCUUUAAUAUUGACAGAUACCUGUAUAUGUGGAAUAAUUUAACAUGUAAGCACAGCUAACCUGAUAUAAAACCAAAUUAAAACAUGAUUGGGAGCAAAUGAGUUACAAAUUAGGCAUAAGUAAUGGAGCCUGUAAUUAAAAAAAAGUUGCUAUAAUAUUCUGUCUAAGAAGAAACUUUGUAAAUAUAUCUACCUUAUGUGCAGAGCAAGGCAGAAACUAAAUUCUGCUAGGCUGAUUUGUGGUAAAUCUUGACAAUCUGAUUUGCAGUUAAUACUAACAUUGUCACAAAAUGUCAGGAUUGCAUGGUUAAAUUCAAAUAGUAAUGUGGCCUGACUAGUAGCAAUCCUUAUCAUGGCACAAGGGUUUAAAAAUGCAAUAUAACAAUUUUGCAGAAUUGUGAUAAAAGUAAUCAGUUGUAGUGAGGUGAAUGAUUAAGUUAUUAUGGGUUUAAAUUUACUUUUUAUUAUUAAAAAAAUCUGAAUUACUUGUUUGCAUUUCAGUGAUAUUGUAAAGCAUUUUAUAUUUUGUUUGAACCAUUUAGGAGCUUGCAUUAAAAGAUAUUGGCUGAUUAUUUUUUUUCCCUUUGAUAUAUGCAAUAAUGUCAAUAAGCAAUAAAUUGCAUGUUGUAUGCAAGGUAUCAAUACUUCAUAAUAAAGGAAAGGAACACA